CUGAGAACUCACACACACAGACUGAACUUUGACUGAUCUCUGAACAGCACACAAGCCCACAGCAGCACUUGCGCUGACCCGACUCAGCGGCUCCUCACAGCACUCCCCUCUGGUUCUGGUUUCCGGACUGCAUCUGACUUUGUUGUGUUCUGAAGUAGACUUUAAACUGUUUGAACUGAAGUGUGCACUCACAGAACCUGCAACCUGCUUCCUGGAGCUCAACGGGCUCAAGCCAGGACUGUUCUGGUCCCACGGUUACAGCUGCUGUACAUUUUUUAGGUUCAUAUCUAUGCUUACAGCUUCAUAUGUGUUUUGGUUUGGUUUUUUAGUAUGAUGCUUGUUAAAUUGAAAUAUGCUAUAAAAAACAAUGAUAAAUGUGUCUGUGACCAAUUGAAGAUUGUAAAGUACAAUCAAGAGGAAGCCUGAAAAAGGGAAAAUGAAUGUCAGUCUUCCUGCUUUUAAUGAGGCACCAGAUGCAGAGGUUUUGGGUUUCCGCUGCAAAAAUAAAGUUAAUUAGAGUUUGGGAUGAAUUUCAGUCUUUUCACAAUGUUUUUAUUUAGUUUGGGCAGUUGUUCGAAAACUAAAGCUUCAAAAUGACCAUAUGAAAACUGUAAACAUCAUCUAUAGUUUGUGAUGUUUGUCAGAGGGGUCAAACAUGAACAAGGACCCUGUGCUACUGAACCUAGUGAUCCAUUUAGUUAUGAUUAAAAGUUACUUAAUUUGAAAACAAGCAGACGUGGGGAAAGUCAGACUUUUAAUUCCCAGUUGGAGAUCUUGUUUAACAAAUGUGAUGAUUCCGUCUGAUUUGAGAAACAAAAUCAGAAGAGCCACUGCUGCUGGAAAUGUGGAGCCAGGGUGUUAAUUACCAGGGGUCAGAGGUCGUCCCUGAAGAAUUUACCAAGGCCCUGUUUGUUAGCUGGAAGGAGCCGGACUCCAAAGCGCUGCAUUAUCUCAGCAGCAGAUGCGUGAACUGUUCCAACAGAACCACAGAGAAUCCGACCUGAAGCCUGAAGGUAAGUUUCUCCUCCUGAAACGUCUCUCAUUCACUUUGGUUUCAAGUUGAGUUGUACAUUCUAAGAUAAAUGCAGGAUUUGAUUGUAAUGUGUUAUUUUGAAAAUGCUGAAAUGUUUAAUACUGUACAGUAAAAAUACUGUAGCUGUGCUUGUAGUUAGUGUGUUAGCGGCUGCUUUAAGGUUUGGGGUUCUGGGCCGUUCUGCUCAUCUGAAGCAUGACUUUCUGUCCGGCGCAGAUGCUCAGACUCGUCUCUGCUGCCGUCCUGCUCGUUUUAGCCCUGAGGCUACGCGUGCACGCAGGAAAAUGCCCCAGAGGCUGUAGUUGUGACGGCACCAAACUCACCGUCGCCUGCGUUGGCAAGAACCUGACGGAGGUUCCAGCAGCUGUGGACGAGAUCACCCUGAAACUGGACCUCAGGAACAACAACCUGCGGACGCUCCGCAGGGGGGCGUUCGAGCUCACGCCCUACCUCACUCACCUCAACCUGCAGCGCUGCCACAUCGGCAGCGUGGAGGAGGGAGCCUUCCGGACUCUGGGCCGCGUGGUCUUCUUGAACCUGGCCCACAACAACAUCCACGUCCUGUUGCAGGAGUCCUUCGAUGGCCUCUCCUCCCUGAAGGAGCUGCAUCUGGACCACAACCGCGUGGAGGAGAUCCAGCCUGGAGCCUUCACGCAGCUGGGCUUCCUCAACACGCUGGGCCUGAGCCACAACCAGCUGGUCUACAUCCCCAACAUGGCCUUCCAGGGUCUCAACAACAACAAGUGGCUUCGUCUGAGCCACAACUCUCUGAACAACUUGGCCCCGGAGGCGUUCGCUGCUCUGUUCACGCUCACUCGUCUCAGUCUGGACCACAACGAGCUGCAGUUCUUCCCCACUCAGACCAUGAGCAGACUCCAGGAGGUCACGCACCUCGACCUGAGCCACAACCCGCUGACCUCCCUGGGGGAGGAGUCCGUGUCCAUGCCCAGGCUCACGCACCUGCGCCUCCACCACACGUCCCUCCAGGAGCUGUCGGACCGGGCCGUGUCUCAGGCCCCUCUCCUCUCCCACCUCGACCUCAGCCACAAUCAGCUGCGGAACCUGGAGCCGCUCUCGGGCCCUGCGCAGCUGAGGACCCUGAACCUGACGGGCAACCCCGUCUACUGUGACUGCCACAUGCGGCCCCUGAGGGCCUGGGCCGCGGCGGGCGGCGCCAGGCUGCUGGGAGCCUGUGCCGGGCCUGCUCACCUCUCAGACGAGCCGCUGCAGACGGUGGCGCCUCUGGAUCUACGCUGCCGCAGCAGAGGGCGCGGCCUCCAGGAGGAGGACGAGGGCGCGUGGAGGGCCCGGCCCGCAACCCAGCCUGCGACCCGGCUGAAGGCCAGGUGUCCCGCUAGCUGUGACUGCCAGAUUGCAGCCCAGCAUGCCUCAUGUGAGGCUCAAGGUCACACCAAGGUCCCACGAGGCUUCCCUGCCACCACGCAGCUGCUCGACCUCCGCAGCAACCACUUUCACCACCUUCCUGCCGGCAGCUUCCCAGGCACCGGCCUGGUCGUUUCUCUCCACUUGGAGUCCUGCAAAAUCCGUGAAAUCGAAGCGGGCGCCUUUCGAGGGAUGAAGAGCCUGUUUUACUUGUACCUUUCCGACAACGACCUCACGUCGCUGGAGCCCGGGACCUUCGCUGGAGUCCCUGAGCUCACGUACCUUCACCUGGAGGGGAACAGAUUGGCCCAGUUCCCAGGACCAGCUCUCGCAGUCUCACAGAGUCUGUUCGUGUUACACCUGGAGAGAAACGCAUCUCCGAGCUCGGGCCUGCCGGCCUUGCUCUCCUCAGCGACCCCCAAGCUCAGGGAACUUUACUUGACCAAUAACACCAUGACUAGAAUCAGCGAUGGAGCUCUGGACUCUGCAUUCCUGGGAGUCAUCCACCUGGACUCCAAUCAGCUGACAGAGGUGCCGACCCAGGCUCUGGCCCAAACUCCUGACCUGGAGGAGCUCAAUCUGUCGCACAACUCCAUUCGUUGGGUGGGACCGAACGCCUUUCAGCCGGUAUCGCAGAGUCUGCGGAGGCUCCACCUGGGGACGGGCAUGGAGAAGAUGUCAAAGGAUGCUCUGGCUGGACUGGGUCCGGGCCUGAAGGUUCUGACUGUGAGGGGAAACCAGCUGGAGCAGCUUCCUGACCUGAGGGCCCUGUCGGGCCUGGAGGUCCUGGACCUGCAGGACAACCCCCUGCUGUGUGACUGUUCUCUGCUGCCUCUGCGCAGGUGGAUGGAGAACGUGAGCCUGGAGGCAACUGCUACCUGUGGUCAACCUCCAGAGGUCAAAGGUCAGAGUGUCAGGGACGUCGCCACCUUUGCGUUCUGCCCAAAAGGCUCGCCUCCAAGUGACGAGGUGGUUGUGGACCACAGACCCAAACCCAGUUUCUCUCAGGCCCCCGAGUCAGCGAAACCAGCAAAGCCCAAAGUGAACAACAAUAAAUCAAAGAAGAAGCAGAAACCAGUGACAAAACAAGAAAACACAUUAAAAUCAGAAAGAAAUAACCUAUUGUCUCUUUACUAUGCAGUUAACUCAGGCUUGUAGUGUUUACUGUAUGUGGGUAGUUUGUUUAAAUUUAAAUAAUGUGCCUCUGAUAACAACUUAACUCGCUCAUACCUCAUAAUAAAGCACACUGUUGUGUUAAUUGUAAUAAUAUACUACUAAUACUCA